ACGACACUCCGCCCUCAAUAGUAAAACGUAUUAUUAGCGGCCUCCACCCCAGAUUUGGGGAUAGGCCCAUAUCCUUUCAACCUUAGGGUUUUAAUUUUCCAGAUCUGAACAACAAUACUACUCUUAGGUCAACCAACCCCAAUUUAUCCCUUACCAACUGGCCCCUUUUCCUUUCUUCUGUAAUUAGGAAUAGGUUUUUAGACUACUGGGUCUGUGUUCCCCUCUUAAGUUAAUUGUUAAGUCAAGACAGGAUUUUUAUUUUCUGGGUUUGAAAAUUUUUUUCAGAAAUUGAUCAAGUAGUUGAAGGUUUUGGCGUGGGGCAAUAUUGGAGGGGUGAAUCCUAGCUGCCAAUGCAAUUUGAAUCGAAUUGUGGGAAUUUUUCGGUGAUUUUUGUGAUACCGAAAAACUUGAACUUUGAACACUCCAUCCAUGUCUUGGGCAGGCCCGGAAGACAUCUAUCUCUCUACUUCUCUUGCAAGCUAUCUUGACAAGAAAUUGCUUGUUUUGCUGCGGGAUGGUCGAAAGCUAAUGGGGACUCUUCGUUCCUUUGAUCAAUUUGCUAAUGCCGUGCUUGAAGGCGCAUGCGAACGUGUUAUUGUUGGUGAUCUUUACUGUGAUAUCCCAUUAGGGUUAUAUGUUAUUCGCGGGGAAAAUGUUGUCUUAAUUGGUGAACUGGACUUGGACAAAGAAGAACUUCCCCCACACAUGACUCGUGUUUCAUCCACAGAUAUUAAAAGGGCACAAAAGGCAGAAAGGGAGGCUACAGAUCUUAAAGGAUCUAUGAGGAAGAGAAUGGAGUUCCUUGAUUUGGAUUGAUGUACAUGUCGCUGAUGUCCAGUCCUGCAAUUAUGCUUGAAAUUGAUGCCAUGUCUUGCGCAAAUAUUAUCGCGGUAGCUGGAUGCUGGCAAAUAUGACUAGGGACUGGACGCUGAUAUAGCUACCAAUUUCUCUGUAGUAAUUCAUAAACAAACAAUUAGUUCCGUAAAUGGGAAAAAGGAAAUGUACUAGCGUUGAGUUAGUUUCUUUUUUAUGCAAGGCUGGUUCGUAUCCUCACCGUGGAGAUGAUGAUGAUGUGCAGGAUUGCAGUUGAUUUAUGGGAUUUUUUGGAUAUUAGCAGGCAGCACAUCUGGGUUCUUCCAUUUUUCUUUUAUCCUGGUGUGGAAGAACUCCAGGUCUGUUUUUAUAUAUAUAAUUUUUUAAUGUACGAUUGCAGACUGUAUAAUUUUAGAGGGGACUUGGGCUUUUAAUGCAUUCCAGACGUUAUUAGGUCCA